GUAUGAUUGUCACACAUUUCUUAUUAAUUUGCACUCAGGCGAAUGAGAUGUUACUCGUUGGAAAAGAAACUGACUGCGAUCGAAGCUUGUAACUACGGUUUGGUAACAGAAAUUAUUCCUCAAGCCGAAAUUGAAACAGAAAUUAACAACAGAAUGAAAUACAUGGCUGCGUUGCCGCCGAAGUCGCUCUCAUUGUCCAAGAAAUUAUGUUGCCCAGUUGAGCUGGAGAAACUUCACGAUGUGAAUAAUAAAGAAUGCGAAGUGCUUGCUCAAAAUGGCUCUCGGAGGAAUGCGCGCAAGCAGUGAUG